AUGUUAUCACUAGAUACAGUCACUAGAAUAAUCUCGCAAGGCAAGUUGUUUGAACUCAAAUUACAAGCCCAUGUGAAGCUGAAGCACAACUACAACCCUGAAUUCCCCCAGCUCAGUCCACAGCAAAUUACUGGUAUCUGCAUUGAUUCUGCAUGCGAGUUGCUGGAGUUGCUAUCAGAUCAACCUGAUGCUCGCUGGCUUGUCCAAAUCAACCCCCUGGUGGUGCGUGCUACAUUAUCUCAUGCAGAUGAUGAGUUUGGAAGCAUGCAAGCCAAAGGAUUAAGUGGUAAUUUAAAUCAUUGGUGGAUAAGAUAA